AUGACGAUGAAAGAUGACGAUAAAGGGCUGGUUGUGGUUAUUCGUAGCGUAAAGGUGGCAAUAGGUAAUGUGAUGAGAAAUGAAGAUGCUCAAAAGCAUGAAGAAGAUAACGACAUGGAGGAAGAAGAGUUACUUACCCAUCAAAGCAUUGCCAAAGAACUACAAAAGGAGGUGGAACAACACGUUCAAAUUCCAAAAGUCAUGCAACCUUUAACCAAAAUAUCUCCCCCAUUUCCCCAACACUUAAAGAAGAAGAAAAAAGAUGUGAAGUUCAAGAAGUUCUUAGGCAUUGUUAGAAAUGCCGGGAUAUGCCAAGUUCUGAAAGAGUUAGUCACAAAGAAAAAGAUCCUGGAUUUUGAGACAAUUGAAGUUUCCCCUAGUUGCAAUUCAAUUAUGACUAAGGAGCUGAUAAAAAAGAGAGAAGAUCCCGGGGAAUUCCCCAUUCCUUGCACCAUUGGCAUGCUCCAAUUCGCUAAAGCUCUAUGCGAUUUGGGGGCAAGCAUCAACCUGAUGCCCUAUGCGAUAUACAAACAACUGGGGUUGGGUGAACAAAAAACAACUACACUGAGACUCCUAAUGGCUGACUGUUCAAUCAAACAUCCCGUGGGAAUAAUUUAUGAUAUCUUGGUGAAGGUUUAUCGUUUCAUUUUCCCCACCAGUGGCGCCAUUUUGAUUAACGUAUCAGGGCAUUUCAUCCAAUACUAA